GCGACCCACAGCGGCGUUGUAUCCGUCAAGGCGCAGUGUCUGUAAUGUGUGUGGAUUUGCCCCGUUUGGAUUUUGCUCUUGGGGAGGCAUGUCCCCAGAAAAUGAAGACACCAUCAUGAAAGCCUUCUGGAUUUUUUCAGGCGGAUUUUCAUGUUUACACACGUUCGCUCCGUCCGUCAGAGUGAGGAAAUUAAGUUCUCUUGUGUGGCGCCAACGCUGGUUUCAGAUUUUCCUCUUAUUCGUCCUCCUGGCAGGCCGAGCUUCAAGUAAUAAUGCCACUGUUUCUCCAUCAUCCCCAACAAAUAUUCAGACCUCAGUUUUUUACACUUUGAACAUUGUUGUGGAUGUCAGUGGACAAGAGAAGAAUGAAUCUGAAAUUAUUGCCUGGCUUGAACAGGUGUUUCAGCAAAAUCUAGAGAACUGUGCGUCACCAACCUCGAGAGGAUCUGAUGUACCUAUAGAUCCAACCUCACCAACAACGACAGAAAGCAACAUCACAACUUCACAAUCAACAUCUCCACCACUACCAAGCAACAGUAUAACAGAUGCAGAUACAAGCUUAGAAACCAACAGCACAACAGCUGCAGCUACAACGCUAGAAACCAACAGCACAACAUCUGGGGCUACAACGUUAGAAAACAACAGCACAACAGCUGCAGCUACAACCUUAGCAACCAGCAGCACAACAUCUGGGGCUACAACGUUAGAAACCAACAGCACAACGGCUGCAGCUGCAACGUUAGAAAACAACAGCACAACAGCUGCAGCUACAACCUCAGCAACCAGCAGCACAACAUCUGGGGCUACAACGUUAGAAACCAACAGCAUAACAUCUGGGGCUACAUCGUUAGAAAACAACAGUACAACAGCUGCAGCUACAACCUUAGCAACCAGCAGCACAACAUCUGGGGCUGCAACGUUAGAAAACACCAGCACAACAUCUGAGGCUACACCAUUAGAAACCAACAGCACAACAACUUCAGCUACAACCUUAGAAACCAACAGCAUGACAUCUGAGGCUGCAUCAUUAGAAACCAACAGCACAACAACUUCAGCUACAACAUUAGGAACCAGCAGCACAACAGCUAUGGCUACAACCUCAGUAAGCAGCAGCACAACAGCUGUAGGUACAACCUUAGAAAUCAACACUACAACAGCUGCAGCUACAGCCUUAGAAAGCAGCAGCGCAACAGCUACAAUAUUAGAAACCAAUACUACAACAGUUACAGCUACAACCUUGGGAAGCAACAGUACCACGGCAGCAUCUACAACAAUCAGCAGUGCAACCAUUGCAGCUACAACAUUGCAAACCAACAGUACAACAGCUACAGGUACAACUGUAGGAAACAAUAGUGCCAUGGCUGCAACUCCAACUACAGCUCCAGCAACUUCAAUAGGCCAAACCUCAAUAAAUUCAACCACGGGAGUACAAUUUCCACCAACCACAAGCACAACAGUACAAACCCCAAUUACAGUCACAACAGCUGUAACAGUACAAACCCCACCAACUACAGCCACAACAGUAGAAAUUCCUCCAACUACAACUACAACAGCUGCAAGAGAACAAACCCCAACAACUACAAAUACAGCAUCCACAACAGUACAAACCUCAUCAACAACCACAGCAGAACAAAUCCCACAAAGUACAACCACAACAGCUGCAACACUUCAAACUCCAAUGAUGUCAACCACAGCAGUACAACUCCCAUCAACUACAUUCACAACAAUACAAAACCCAGCAACUCGAACCACACCAUUACAAAUCCCAACAAAUACAAACACAACAGCAUCAACAACAUCUCCAACACUCACAAGCACAAUAGCUGCAACAAUACAAACCCCAGCGACUACAACCACAGCAGUACAAAUCCCAUCAACUACAUCCACAACGGCACAAAACCCAGCAACUACAACAACAGAAGUACAAAUCCCACCAACUACAACCCCAACACCUGCAACAGUACAAACCACAUCACCUACAACCACAGCAGUACAAAACCGAGUAACUACAACCAUAGCAUCGACAACAGUACAAACCUUAGCAACUACAACCACAGCAGUACAAAUUCCACCAACUACAACCACAACAUCCACAACAUUACAAAACCCAGCAACUACAAGCACAACAGCUGCAAUAGUGCAAACCCCAGCAACUACAACCACAACAACUAUAGUGGUACAAACGCCAAUAAUUAGAACAACAUCAUCAGCAACAGUACAAAGCCCAGCAACUAUGACCACAGCAGUAGAAAUACCACCAACUGCAACCACAACAGCCACAAUUGUGCAAACGCGAGCAACUACAACCACAGCACCACAACUCCCAUCACUGACAUCCACAUCACAAAACCCACCAACUACAACCACAGAAGUACGAAUCCCACCAACUAUAACCACAACAGCUGCAAUAACACAAACUCCAACAGCUGCAACCACAGCAGUACGAAUCCCACCAACUACAACCGCAACACCUGCAAUAGUGCGAACCCCAGCAACUACAACCACAGCAGCACAACCCCCGUCACUACCACCCACAACAUUACAAAACCCAGCAACUACAACUAUAGUAUCAGCAACAGUACAAACCCCAGCAACUACAACCACAGAAGUACAAAUCCCACUAACUACAACCACAACAGCUGCAAUAACACAAAGUCCAACAACUACAGCCACAGUGGUACGAACUCCAACAACUUCAACAACAACAUCAGCAAUAGUGCCAACCCCAGCAACUGCAACCACAGCAGUACGAAUCCCACCAACUACAACCACAACAGCUCCAAUAGUGCAAACCCCACCAACUACAACCACAACAGCUCCAAUAGUGCAAACCCCACCAACUACAACCACAGCAGCUCCAAUAGUGCAAACCCCACCAACUACAACCACAGUAGUACGAAUCCCAUCACCUACAUCCACAACAUUACAAAACCCAGCAACUACAACCACAGAGGUACAAACCCCAUCAACUACAAACACAGCAGCUGCAAUAACACAGAGACCAACAACUACAACCACAACAGCUGCAAUAGUGCAAACCCCACCAACUACAACCACAGCAGCACAACUUCCAUCACCUACAUCCACAGCAUUACAAAACCCAGCAACUACAACCACAGAAGAACGAAUCCCAUCAACUACAACCACAGCAGCUCAACUCACAUUACCUCCAUUCACAACAUUACAAAACCCAGCAACUACAACCACGGCAGUACAAGUCCCACCAACUACAACCACAACAGCUGCAACAGAACAGAUGUCAUCAGCUACAACCGCAGCAGCACAACUCCCAUCAACUGCAUCUACAACAUUACAAAAUCCAGCUUCUGCAACCACAACACUACAAAUUCCAUCAACUCCAACCACAACACCUGCAACAGUACAGACCUCACCAACUACAGCUGCAGCAUCUUCAAUAUUACCAAUACUAACAACCAUAGCUGAAGCACUUCCAUCAUUGCAAAAUCCAGUAACGACAACUAGGUCAGCGUUGUCAAAUGACAAUAACACAACUGCAGUUUUAUCAACUCCACUUGUGACAACACUUACAACUCAGGAUGCAGAUUCAACAAAUCGCUUAGUUGACGUCAACGUGAACAUAUCGAUUCCAAAUGCAGUCGGGCUAAGAAGGAGACGAAGGGAAGUCAGUGGCAACAUGAUGCAAAGCAGUGGUGUAAUUAAUAGCACAACUACGGACCUAUUUCAAGGGAUUGAUGUCAUGUGUGUUAAUAAAACUUUAAUAAGGCGGACAGAGUGUAUCGUGACGCUGCGACUGAAUCAAACAGUUCCUCCAUGCUGUAUCCUUCGAACUCUCUGCUCAGAAAAGGAAAACAAAUCCGGCAUCUCGGUGGUGGGAAAAAGGGUCGAUAGAACAAGACAUAUGGGCAUGGAUUGCAGCAGUAUUAUUCCAGGGGAGGUUCAGGGCUGCAUGUUUUCUGGUGAAAGCGAUAGAUUUUGCAGUGAAGAUGCAAUCUUCAUUGAAAGAAACUCAACUGAUUGUGAUCCAGCCAACUGCACCUGUUCAGCGUUCUGCAACAGAACUGAUUCAUUCUACACUUUUAACAUCGGAGUUCACGACCCCAUCGUGAACAUCCCACAACUUUCACUUCUGAUUUCCACAAUAAACCAACAGCCAUUUUGCACUCCGGAUUCAAAUGGUACAUGUUCAUCGUUCGACGGAGAAUUCAAGAAUGCCAGUGUGACCUGUGGAAGCUCAUCAAUGAAUCUUCAAAACUGCAGUGUGAUUUUAGGCUUUGGAAUUUCUGUUAAUAUCUGUUCUGUGGCGCAAGCAGUGAGGAAUGUGUUUGAGUCUGAGGAACAAAUCCACUUCGAUGGUGUUGUGACCCGCGCAGCAAUUUGUGGGAAUUUUGGAAUCAGUGAUGAGCCAUUGCCAUCCGAGUUCAUAUGGGUCACAGACGACAGAGAGCCUGGGAGCUUUUGCACAAACAUUCAAGAGUCCAACCACCGCUUCUGUCGGAAUGGAAAAAAUGUGGCCGUGUUGCUGAACGAACAGUGUGACGUCGGCGAAGGAACGACCAUUCAGCCAAACAGCACCACCAUGCCUCCCAACAUAACUUCUCCAUUCAGCACGACUACACCGCAGCUCAACACGACACAAAGUGUCAACACCACUACAGCUAAUGUCACAGAAGAAUUUAAUACAACAACGCUACAACCGAAUGCAACACAAACUGCUAACACCACUACUACUGAUGUUACAGAGACUUUUAACACAACAACGCUACAACCGAACACAACACAGCAGGCUAACACCACUACUACUGGUGUUACAGAGACUUUUAACACAACAACGCUACAACCGAACACAACACAACAGGCUAACACCACUACUACUGGUGUGACAGUGACAGUUAACUCAACGCCACAACCGAACGCAACACAGCCUGCUAACGCCACUACUGCUGAAAUCCCAGUGACAUUAAAUUCAACAAGCCCCCAACAGGGUGCUACUCAAACUGCAAACACUACUGCCACAACAGUGGGAAACACAGCAUCUAUAAAUACCACAACCACUGAAGUUGUUCCCAUGACCCAGACAGAGAAUCCGACAACCACCGCCUCAGCUGAAGUCAGAGCCAACGCACUGCUCAAUACGAGCAGGGACGCCUCCAAUCUGAACUCCAGCCAAGUGAACGAUCUGGUGUCUCAGCUGGAGAGCCUGCUGUCGGGCCCGUCGGUCAGCCUGGAGCUGGGAAACAUCUCCAUCCAGAUAGUCAGCAACCUGCUGGAUGCUUCUCCAGAGGCGCUGGCAGAGUCCUCUGAAAGGAUCAUCAGGAUUGUUGAUACUGUGGGAAUAAAGCUGGAACUUGGCACAGAGGCGGAGAUUCUGGUGGCCUCAGCUUUAUCUCUGUCAGCAAAGCCAGUAGAUGGCACUAACUUUCAAGAAACAUCUUUUUCUGUCCUUAAUCCCAGUGACAUACAGGUCCGCGGGGAUCCCCGGCUGAGAAGGAGCUUGAGAGUGGACUCCUCCAUCCCACAGGGCUCCAUCACGCUGCCCCCCUCCCUCACUCAGGAUUUAACCCCUGAGGAGCAGCAGCAGGCCUCCAGAGUCCACUUCAAUUUCUAUCAGAAGAGCACAGUGUUCCAGGACUCAUCUCUGGGGACGGAGCGCAGACUUAACAGUGGGAUCCUGGGAGCUACUGUGGCCAACCUGUCAAUCGAGGGACUUCAGGACAACGUCACAAUCAAUCUCAGACAUUUAGAGCCUACUCCGGCUAAUUUUGUGGUGACGUGCGUUUUCUGGGAUUUUGCAUUAAACGACGGAUCCGGCGGCUGGAAUCCAGAUGGCUGCAACAUCUUGAACAGCACCGACAACGAGACCAUCUGUGCCUGCAACCAUUUAACCAGUUUUGCUAUCCUUCUGAACCUGGGACGAGAGCCUCUCACCAGUCGUCUGCAGGCCACCAUCCUCACCUUCAUCACGUAUAUUGGCUGUGGAAUCUCUGCCAUCUUCCUGUCCAUCACCCUCCUCACCUACUUAGCCUUUGGGAAGCUGCGUAAGGACAUCCCGUCUAAAAUCCUGAUCCAGCUGUGUUUCGCUCUGCUGCUGCUGAACCUGGUCUUCCUGGUGGACGCCUGGCUGGCGCUUUACCCAGACGCAGUGGGCCUCUGCAUUUCCACCGCCUGGUUCCUGCACUACUUCCUGCUGGUCUCCUUCACCUGGAUGGGAGUAGAGGCGUUCCACAUGUACCAGGCGCUCGUGAAAGUCUUCAACAGCCACGUUUCGUACUACAUGCUGAGAUGCUCGGUGGUUGGCUGGGGGGUCCCGAUGAUCGUCGUCAUUAUUGUCAUCGCAAUUGACAAGGACAACUAUGGUCUUGUAACUUAUGCAAGGUUCACGGAUGGAACUACAGACGACUUCUGCUGGCUGAGGAAUGACAUUGCCUUCUACGUGGCAGUGGUGGCCUACUUCUGUGUCAUUUUCCUCUUCAACUUUGCCAUGUUCAUCGUGGUGCUGGUCCAGCUGUGCCGGAUCAGGAGGCAGAACCCUCACAACAAUCAGCACCGCUCCACGCUGCAGGACGUGCGCAGCGUGACGGGGAUCACCAUCCUCCUGGGGCUGACCUGGGGCUUUGCCUUCUUUGCAUGGGGACCUGUGAACCUGCCAUUCAUGUUCCUCUUCGCCAUAUUCAACUCCUUGCAAGGUUUCUUUAUAUUUGUGUUCUACUGUGCGGUGAAGGAAAAUGUGCGAAGGCAGUGGAGGACCUACCUGUGCUGUGGCAAACUGAGACUAGCAGAAAACUCAGAGUGGAGUCGCACUGCAACACAAAAGACUGCAAGGAGAUCCUCCGUGACGAACGUGACAUCGGUCAAUUCUACAAACGGCCAGAACUCAUCGAACUCCUCUUCCUUCCUCGUCAGGGACUCUCCACAGCCGAACAACGGCCUCGAGAACGCGUUAGACGACUCGGCGAUUACGGCUGACGAAGACGCACACAGCGACGUGGUUCUCAACGAGGCCAACAGCACACGGCACAGAAACCGACCAGUAUCUUGAUCCGCAUGAAGGCCAUUUUUUGUAAACGUGUUUUGUAAAUACACUUCUGUAUAUAAUGUGAAUAAGAAAAGAUUAUUUAUCCAUGCUUCUGCAUGUAACAUGCAGUAUUGUGAACUACAACAGGCAACAAAUGUCUGUAUUACACAUGAAACUUCAUAUUUAUAUGAUUAAUCUUUGUCUUGCACAUAUUUUUACGAGGAGCUUUUAUUAUUUGACGAAAGAUGCACUGGUGUUCAACAUCGGGAAAAGUAACAGACUGAUACAAAUCCAAACCAUGCCUGUUGUGUUUAAUCGUGUUUCACAUAUUUACAAAACUAGUGUUGUUAGCUUUGAUUUUGGUUGUGUAUCAUUAAAAAGCCAAUUCAUGCUGCUCAUAAAUUUACAUUUCUGAUAAUGAAUUCAAGUGUUAAUAAAAAACUAACUCCAU